AGGGCUGGAUAGAAGAAGUCGAGAGUUGCUAAGGAAGUGCCGGCCAUGUAGAAUCAAAAUAAAGAGGCUACAGAAGAAUUUGCUUGACUGCUAUAGAAGACUAGGACAACCUACAGCUCUUUAUAUUAACCAGACAGAUGAAAUUCAGAGUCUGACAGUGCAACAGGCUCCAACAUUUGUAAACAUUGUUUCUGAUGAGACCUGGUUGGAGCAGUGCACAUUACCUCGGACUGAAGUGAAUUUAGGGGCUUCAUCUUCUUUUGUAGCUGCAUGCUCAAACCCUUGGGCAUCUACUUCAAGUCAGUUACCUAGAAAUACACUUUUUCAAGAUGGAGGAACUCUUAGACAACCAGAAAAUUGUUUACAGUAUGCAGGUUCUCAUAGAUAUGCUUUUACAUAUGGAGACAGGUUUCCUCAUGGUAGAGAAGAAAGUGAACAGCAGGCUGUUUAUCAGGUCUCUGAUAACUCUUUAUCUCAUCAACCUAAAGGAAGAUGGAAUCAAGACCUUCGAUUUCUAUAUCAGGAUACUGAUAGCAUAGCCAGAGUACAUGGAUCUCAUUCCCAUCAAAAGAAUUUACAAGAAAUAAAACCAGCAAAAAAUGAUUCUGUUCUACAAGACGUAUGUGAUGUUCAGACUAAAAGUAAAGAAAUGCCCAAGGCUUUAAGUGAUGAGUGGUGUAAUUCAAAUUCUGAAGUACAGGUAGUGAAAAUAUUUAAAAAUAAUGAAUCUAAAUUUAGCACUGACUCAAGAUUCCGAAGUACUAAUGUUCAUCCAGUUACCCAAACUGGAGUUAUGCAAACUGUUAGUUCAGGUGUUGUGUCCGUGCCUAAUAUAUUUGAAAAUAGUGAGGAUACUUUAUCUUUCAAUAGUGCAAGUGUUGGUAUUUCUAGAACUAAUACACCUAUUGAAAUAAUUGAUCUCUCAAGUGAUGAUGAUGAAUCUGGUAAGAGUAGAAGGCAGAAUGAAGCAGAUAAUGCACCCCAACAACUGAAUGGUUUAAAUUGUUACCCUCAUUCAGGUGCAAAAAUACCAUUUUCUUCCAAACAUUCCCUGCCAAAAAAUGGGAAUAGCCAUUGGUCGUCAAAACAAGAGUCCCACUUUGGAGCAGGACACCUAGGGGACUUGGCGAUCAAUGGCCAGCCUCCAAAUGUCCCGCCCAACUUAUCUGUUUCUCCCGUCCCAGAUAGUGCGUUCCUACCUUUAACUGCUCCACCUGCAAUUCCUGAUGAGUCAGGAAAGAAGCCCAGCAGCCGCAAACGGAAGCAUGAAAGCCUUACUGUUAAAGACAGAAAAAUCUUGAUAUUAGAUAAUUCUCAGAAAUAUGCCAAUUCAUGCCCAAACUCUAAAACAGAAUAUGAGAAAGUAAGGAAAGAAAAUCAAGGGGUCCAACAAAGCUCCCUAUUUAGAAUGUGCACACGAGAAGGCUUUCAUGAUAUUCACGGAGAAGCAGCAAUAGUUCCAGAGGUCUUGGAUGGAGAGUACAUCUUCAGACAUGAAAACUCAGUAGAUCAGGGAUCACAUGGAUUAAUAAUUGAUGAUGAAAUAAGCUUUAAACCCCCACUCCAUGUUGAUGAGGAUAUUUCAUUUAACAUUACUGAAAAACCUUUGGAUACUGAAGAAAGUGCCAGAUGGCAAAAAAGUAAUGUGGAGUUGGAAUGUGUCUCUAAAGGAAUUUUUGUAUCAAAGGAAGCUAAUAUGAAUUCUCAGGACAAGCAUGUACGGAGUGUAGAAACUCCUGUUGUUGGCUUUAUUAGUAAUAUUGUUAACACUGUUAACAAGGGUGUUGAAUUCUUUAAAGCUUUGGUUGGUAGCAGUAUGAAUGACAAAAUUUUAAAUGCUGAAGAUAAACAGGCAAAAUUAAAGUGUGAAAAUAUGUCCUCAAUGAAAGAUACACUAAAGGAAACACCUGAUGAAUGUGAGAGUAAUAUGACUGAGAAUGGAUGUAGAAAGAAAAUUGCAAGUGGAAGAAAAAAAUGUAGGGAAAUGGAUAAACUUCUUAAGGAUGAAUGUAGGGAACUCCAGCAAAGAGGGCUAGGAGAGCUAAGACAUCUAAAUAUUUCAGAAGCUAGAUUAACAAGGAGAUCUGUGGAAAGAUAUAUUCCAAAUAAAACAAAAAGUAAAAGAGCACAUGGGUUUAAGCAUUACAGCAUUAGAAACUCCCCAUACUUGAAUAGAAAAUUUAUAGAAAAAUCAACACAGAAAGCAUAUACAAGUGAUUCCAUAAAGAGAACCAACUUUCAUAGAAAGGAAACCACAGAUUUAUCCAAACUAGACCCACAUUCAGGUAAAAAAGAUAAUGUGCCUAAAGUAGACUUCUGUAUUCCCCUAUUGGAAGUUAAGUGCUUAUCAAAAAAUGCUGACAAAAAACUGUUUACAGAUAUUGUUGUACCAAGUGAAAUGAGAAAUAUUUCUUCUGUGAAUGUUGACAUUUUAGAUGAUUGUAUAGAUGAAAAUGGAAAUUCUCCAACAUAUUCAGAAACUAGAAUUGCUUUAGAUAAGGACAGGGACAAGGGCAGUGAAAUUUGUCAUUAUCCAAAGGAUGCUGUAGGUCAUAAAAUUUGUAUGGAUAAGGAAAAAAAAUUGCAAGGGGGUGAAAUAGACACACCAAAAUUAAAGACACUAGCACCAGAGACUAACCAUAAUAGAUAUAAAGGGGCAAGAGAGUUACUCAAUUUGGCAAAUGAUGAGUGGAAGGAAAUCUCAAAAAAGGGAUUUCACCCUCUCAGAAUUAUCAAACCUGCAUUAAUAAGGAAGGUAAUAGAAGUCGAGCAUAGGGAAAAGGGUCAAAAUACGCCAGGAAACCCUUAUAAAAAAGAAUUACAUAGCUUGUCAAAAAUGACUUCAACGAUUCAUAAACAUAUUACAAGGAUUUUUGAGGGAAACCCCAAACUGACUCAAUUAAUCAGUUCCAUAUCGUCAGAAUCUGUGGAUAAAAGAAGUACAGCUUGGAAUCUACACAGACUAAAGAAUCAGUUCCAUACAGCAAAAUCUUUAUAUGUUAAGAUUGGAGAACAACAGGAGGAAAUGUUGGAAGAUGCUAUCAUUUGA